AUGCCGACGUACAACAUCAGAGGCAUCGAUGUGGAUUUCCCAUUCGAAGCCUACGAUUGCCAGCUCAUUUACAUGGAGAAAGUCAUCCAAUCUCUCCAAGAAAGAAGUAAUGCACUGUUGGAGAGUCCCACUGGAACUGGAAAAACCCUUUGUCUUCUCUGUGCCACAUUGGCCUGGAGGAAGAGUUUGGGUGUUUUCUCAACUGGUCCUAAUGUCAAGAUGAGUCUGAUCACAGGAGAAAAAUCAGGUGUUCCAUUGUCACAGUCUGCGACAAAAGAUCUUCCUACCAUAAUAUAUGCGUCCCGCACUCACAGCCAGAUCCGGCAAGUAAUUAAAGAGUUGAAAAGAAGCUCUUACAGGCCGAAAAUGGUAGUGUUGGGGUCUCGAGAACAAUUAUGCAUUAAUGAGGAAGUGAGUUUACUACGCGGAAGAACACAGACAAAGGCUUGCCAUUUCCUCUGCCGGCGCACUAAGGAAACAAAGGAUAAAAAGCGUCAUUGUGCUCAUUAUUCUCGUGGUUCUGGUUACUUAAAGAAUAAUCCUCAUCUUGGAGAUGAACCUAUUGAUAUCGAGGAUUUGGUGAAUACUGGAAGAAAAUUAGGGCCGUGUCCUUAUUAUUUAUCGAGGGAACUCCAUAAGGUUGUUGAUAUAUUAUUUGCACCUUAUAACUAUCUUAUUGAUCAUGGGUAUAGAAAAUCGCUACAGAUAGAUUGGAAAAACAGUAUUCUCAUAUUCGACGAAGCUCACAACCUGGAAAGCAUAUGUGCAGAUGCAGCUUCCUUUGACUUGCCUUCUUGGCUUCUUACAGCUUGCAAUUCUGAAGCGAAAAAUUGUAUUGACCUUUCUAUAAAAAGAAGGGAAGAAUCAACUGAUAAAUCACAGAAUCCAGAUGACUUUGCAAUUCUCAGAGCGCUUCUUUUGAAGCUUGAGAAGCGUAUUUCUGAAGUGCCUAUCGAAUCCAAGGAAUUGGGAUACACUAAGCCUGGGCCUUAUAUCUAUGAACUCCUGGCUGAAUUAAACAUCACACAGGAUACUGUCCCUAAGCUCAUUAAAAUACUUGAGGAUGCUACUUUACUUAUUGAGGAAGAAAAUCAGAACAAGGCAAAUCGAAGUGUCUGCCGGCUGGAAAGCAUUAGUGACAUGUUUAAUUUAAUUUUCAGAGAUACAGACAAUAACCAUGCAAAAUCCUAUCGUGUUCAUGUACAAGAAGUUGAAGCAGCUGCAAUUGAUGGUUUAAAGGGUAAGGCAUCUAGGACACUCAGCUGGUGGUGUUUUCAUCCUGGAAUUGCAAUGGAAGAAUUCGCCAAGAUGAAUGUGGGCUCCAUUAUACUGACAUCUGGCACAUUAUCUCCCUUGGAUUCAUUUGCACAGGAAUUGAAACUAGAGUUCCCUGUGCGGUUGGAAAACCCUCAUGUUAUUACCCCAAAUCAGAUAUGGGCUGGAGUUGUACCAGCUGGACCUUCUGGUUUCUCUUUCAACUCCUCUUAUAGAAAUCGCGAUUCUCUGGAGUACAAACGGGACCUUGGAAAUGCCAUUGUCAAUUUUGCUCGAAUCGUUCCCGAUGGAUUGCUUGUAUUCUUUCCGUCUUACUACAUUUUGGACCAAUGCAUUGCCUGCUGGAAGAAUACGAGCCAUGCCAAUUCAACUACAAUAUGGGAAAGAAUCUCCAAACAUAAGAAACCUAUUGUAGAACCUAGACAAUCUUCAUUGUUUCUUUUGUCAAUUGAGGACUAUAUGGCUAAGCUGAAGGACACCUCAGCUUCUGGUGCAGUAUUUUUUGCUGUUUGCCGUGGUAAAGUAAGUGAAGGACUAGAUUUUGCUGAUCACGCUGGAAGGGCUGUAGUCAUUACUGGUCUACCAUUUGCCACAAGGAAUGAUCCUAAGGUUCGUCUGAAACGUGAAUACUUGGAUCAGCAGGCAUAUUCCCAGAGGCAAGUAUGUAAGUUGGAGGUUCUGACUGGAGAAGACUGGUACAAUCAACAAGCAUCACGAGCUGUAAAUCAGGCUGUUGGACGUGUAAUCCGUCAUCGUCAUGAUUAUGGAGCAAUUAUUUUUUGUGAUGAAAGGUUUGCACAGCCAAAUCGUCAAUCUCAAAUAUCGCUCUGGAUACAACCUCAUGUCAAGUGUUACUCUAAAUUUGGGGAUGUAAUUUUUUCAUUGACCCGUUUCUUUCGGGAUGGAGGAGCUCGGGGUCCUACAAAGUUGAAGUUGUUACAAACUGAAAAAUGGGAUGCAAUUUCUACAUCAAAUUCAGUACUUGAUGAGCAGACAAAUGAAGCCCCAUUCGAUCAUAAACCAUAUUCUGUAGGUUCAUCAACCUCAGUUCAUGGAACAUCAGGGAAAAUUUAUGAGUUGAAAACUGAGCAACCACCAGAAAAACUUUAUCUGGAUAAAUUUCUCCCUCUGACAACAGCAGUCAGUCAAGACUGCCCUGUAAAGUCAUCUUCUUCCCUACUUAAAGCUGGCAGGGACAAACUUUCAAGCCUGUUAGGGGAAGUUCUUCCUGCCAAUCGCUCAUCUCUUACUUCCUGUAAGGAUCAGUCUGUGUCAUUGAAGUGUUCAAAUAAUCUAUUCAGAAAUGAGAAAAGGCUGCUUAUUUGUGAGAGGGAAACUCUGCAAUGUCAAGAUAGUAAAGUAUUUGGUUUUCCUGGCAAAAAUGAGAAACGAGGCGAAGAACUAAUAACACCUUGCUCUGCAAAAAGGUGUAAAUUAAGCACCGAGCAUGACUCAGUACAUCUUAUUGACAACUCUAAUAAGCAUUCAUCUCUUGCAAAAGAUUCUGAUUCAUAUGGUGGUUUUCCCAAUAUUAAUCUGAGAAGUGAGAGUUCACAUAUAUCUGACAGUUCAAGUUCACAAAAUGCUCAAGUUGGUUCAGCAUUGCUGCGUAAAGACAAGAGGAUCAUACAACAGGGAGAUGCUGAGUUUCUGAGUAACAAAAACAAAAGUGCAAUAUCCAUCCCUGUGCUUUCUGGUGAUAAGGAAACCAGAGGAUCUGAGUUUCUAGUUCAGGUUGAAGAAAAACUUAGCACUUUGGAAUAUAGAGAAUUUGUAAAUUUGAUGAAGGCACUUAAGUCCAAAGCUAUGAAGAUGAAUGAAGUUUUACAAUCCAUUGCAAGCCUGUUUUCCGGACGAGAGAGGCUUCCUCUUCUUAAAAGGUAA